AUGCCGUCGCCGCGCCUUGACACGAUCGAGGAUAUCCUCGCAACAGCGACCGUCGACCCAACAUUCUCCGCGGCCCUGCAAGCCAGCCAACUCCAAGCCCGGUCGAACUACACGCUUUCAGACAUCAAGCGAAGCGCCGCGGCGGGUCUUGGACCGCUUCAGAAACGCCUCGCAGACUCGCGGCCGAGCGAGAUCACCGAGACCGAACACUCGAUCAGACUGCGCGACGACUGGCCCUGCCGCAUCAUCGUGUGCCAUCUGACCGCGGACUUGAAAGCUGCUGGGCCCGCGCGACCAGUCAUCCUCCUCCUGCACGGCGGCGGCCAUACCAUCGGCUACCCAGAGCUCCAGCUGAGUUUGGCGAGGGAGCUCGUCCUGGCCCACUCGGCCGUGGUGGUGUGCGCGUCGUACCGUCUGGCGCCCGAGUUCCCUUUCCCCUUCUCCAUCUGCGACUCGUGGGAGGUGCUGCAGUUCUGCGCCACUGAGAACAGGAAGUCCAACUCGGCCGUCUUCCCCCGCUGCACCGACGCCCGUGUGGGGUUCCUGGUCGGCGGCGAAAGCGCGGGCGCCAACCUCGCCGCCUCGCUGGCCCACCUGGCGCGCGACCACAACCUGAACCCUCCGCUGACGGGCCAAGUGUUGAUGGCAGGCACAUACAUCUCGCCCGGUCGCGUGCCGGAACGGUACCAACCACGCUAUCUGAGCCGCGAGCAAAACGCCCACGCCCCGAUCCUGGACCGACACCUCCUGACGCUGUUGACCGAGGCGUUCCAGCCCGACCCGGCCUCGAAGCUGUGCUACCCGUUCGACCAACACGAUCCUCGCGACGUGGAUGGUAAGGGGACGGAUGCAGGUCACCAAAAGGGCUCCGUUAAACACGGCCAUCUAGGUCUCGCACCAGCGUAUUUCCAGGUCUGCGGCCUCGACCCGGCCCGGGACGACGGGCUGAUCUACGAGAAAGUCCUGCGAGAAGAAUGCGACGUUCCGACCAGGCUGGAUCUGUAUAGUGGGUGGGCGCACUGCUGGUGGGCCAUGUUUCCGGACCUGGACAUGUCCAAGAGGAGGAUGAGAGACGUGGUCGAGGGGGUAGGGUGGCUCUUGGGUCUGAAGAGGGAUCGAAAAGGUGGUGGUGGCGGUGGUGUCGUUUGA